AUGCCAUGGAUGAGCGAUCUGAUGCCUAAUGCCGAAAAAUCACAUUACGCAGGUGCAGAGGAAGAGUUGCUGGCGCAAGCGCCGUUAUCGCGAGGGAAACAUCUGGAAGCGCAGCGCACCGAGCCAACGGGCGACACUGAUUAUCCGAGCCUCGAUCGGAUGCGAUCCUCGCUGCUGCUGCUAAAAGCAGUCGAGAGAGUUCUAGCUCUAACUGCUUAUUAA